AGCGCCCUGCGCAACAUUCCGUUUAGCUGUGAAGCCAGCCGUGCAAGAUUAUUGUUCUCUGUCCAGGCAGAACAUCAAAUAUCUGCCAUAUGUGCGUAGAAUUUUUUUAGAUAAGUAGUUUGUAGAUCAAAUCCAUAAACGUGAGGCGCGAAGAUGCCUCUAUUUGGUAAAAAGGAUUUUGGUAGAAAAUCCAAAAAAGAUGGUCGAGAUUCGGAGAAGCAACCAUCAAUCGAGGACAAGUAUACUGUGAAAGAUCUAUUAGGCACUGGUGCUUUUUCCGAAGUGCGUUUGAUAGAGAGCAAAGAGAACGGACAACUGUUUGCGUGUAAGAUUAUCGACAAAAAAGCUCUCAAAGGGAAAGAAGAUUCCCUAGAGAACGAGAUAAGAGUGCUGAAAAGGUUCAGUGAACAAGCGAAAGUUGAAGGAGGUGAGAAGAAAAUGUUUUCCCAUCCCAACAUUGUUCAGCUAUUGGAGACAUAUGAGGAUAAGAAUAAGGUCUAUCUUGUAAUGGAACUAGUGACUGGAGGGGAGUUAUUCGAUCGCAUCGUAGAAAAGGGCUCUUAUACUGAAAAGGAUGCUUCAAAUCUUAUAAGACAAGUGCUGGAAGCAGUGGAUUACAUGCACUCACAAGGUGUAGUACACAGGGACUUGAAACCUGAAAAUCUUUUGUAUUACAGUGCAGAUGAGGACAGUAAAAUAAUGAUCAGUGAUUUUGGUUUGUCAAAAAUAGAGGAUUCAGGAAUUAUGGCCACUGCUUGUGGGACACCAGGUUAUGUUGCCCCUGAAGUGCUGGCACAGAAGCCAUAUGGCAAAGCUGUAGAUGUGUGGAGUAUAGGGGUUAUAUCUUAUAUUUUACUCUGUGGAUAUCCACCAUUUUAUGACGAAAAUGAUGCCAAUUUGUUUGCCCAAAUAUUGAAGGGUGAUUUUGAGUUUGACUCGCCUUAUUGGGAUGAUAUUAGUGAUUCUGCCAAAGAUUUCAUAAGACAUUUAAUGUGUGUAGAUGUGGACAAGAGGUAUACUUGCAAGCAAGCCUUGGCCCACCCGUGGAUUUCAGGCAAUGCUGCCAGCAACAAGAAUAUUCAUGGUACUGUAUCUGAGCAGCUGAAGAAAAAUUUUGCUAAGUCACGCUGGAAACAGGCUUACCAUGCUACAACAGUUAUCCGUCAAAUGCAGAAGAUGGCAUUAAAUAGCAGCAGCUCAAGUCGUAAUGCCAAUCAGACCAAACAAUAGCUGUUUCCCCAAUGAAUGCCGUUGCCAUCCAUCUUGUUACGCCUGCUUAAUAAGGUACUUAAUAUUAUUGUAUUUCACACUUAAAUUAUGCAAGAACUGGUUCAUGCCAGUUUGUUAUUGAUACAAUAUUUGUGACACCUACUAAAUUGAUAGUUGGUGUCACAGUAAUUGAAAUUCAUUGUUUAAACAGUUGCUAGCAGACAUUUGAGAUUUGUGUCAUCUCUACAUAUAUACUGCUGCAAAUGUUAAUAUGCUAAUAUUGCUUUGAAAACUUAUACAGAGACAGUGCAUAUAAGCUAUAUAUUUAUAAGCAUGUAUAAAUUCAAAAUCAACGAAAUGUUAUAAGACAUGUCUAGUCAUUAUAUGUCAUUUCAACUUCUGAAUUUUCAAAUGAACUUUGUAAAAAAAACUAUAAUUCCAUGACAAAGUAAUGUAUCUAUGUAUUGCAUUCCAGAAUGCAUUUCUGACACUAUGUUAUUUAAUUGAACAUUUGUCUCUAUUACUGUCUUGAAUCUCAUACUUGACAUCUGAAUAAAUAUAUUUUUUUUUUAUUAAUUUACAAUAAAAUAUAGUUUUAUCUAUUUUUUAAAUAGAAUUUAUUUUAUUAUUGCAACAUUAUAUUAUAUCUACAUAUUUAUAUUACAGUACAAAUUUUUACUUUAUUGUUAAAGAAAACAACAGAAUUUAUCACUAACUACUUUACUAUCCAUGAGUAUGUAAUAAUAUUUAUCCUGAAUUUAUUGUUAAAGUGAAAUUGGUCUCAAAUGUACUUCAACAAGUAUGUGUUAGCACUGCGUGUGUUAACCCUUGUCAGUUAUUUAUUGUUGAUGAUUUUGUAUGUCUAUCUAUCAUAUAGUAUCUGCUAACCAGUAACUAUGACAAUUUUACUUGGAGAUUAGAUGAUGCUCUGUGAUUUGUCCAUAGGUCAUUGUUAACUCAUGUCAAUCUAUUAUUACUCCACUGCUGGGCAUAAGUCUCUAAUUAUGGCGAUAAUGGGGACCUAGUAUACUAUUGCCAAGCAGGAAGUUUAAACCAAUGUAAUGUUCUCCUAGUCUCCUAUUAUAAUUUCUUGGGAAUAGAAAUGAUUGAAGACACAUUUUCUAUUCUCACUUCAUAAACUGCCCAUGGGCAUUUAUAAAUAGUUUUUCUGCCCCUCUUUUAUUUCUUAUAAUAGAUACUUUGAUUUUGAUGCAUGAUUCUAGACUGAUUUUUGUCUAUCGUCUGUGAUAGAUUUUACAAACAAUCUGUUGUUGUUUUCAUACAUUUUGUUAUAUAACUGACUAAAAUCUUUACAUACUAAUCACUUUUGAAUGAUAAAAUAUAUUAGGUAGGUAAAAAAAAUCUUCUCUUUUAAAGAUAACUGACUAAUUCUUAGGUAUGGUGAUAAUCAUAAUAAUAUUUUAAUGUUAAGAUCUGUUGACAAAUUUCAUUAGAGGUAAAUUGCGAGUUGAUGAUUAUUAAAAGAAAUCAUGGUUAGAUAUGAUAAAAUAAUAAUUAACAAUAACAAUAUAUUGCAUUGCAUGUUUUAAAAGUGUUAACUAUUUACCUAUUACAGUAUAAUAUUUAAACAUUUCUAAUGUGAUUCUGGUCGUGAAAUAAUUGAUAUGAUCUUUACACAUUAUAAAAUUUCUAAACCUUCACAUGCCUGGUAGAUUUUUAAAUUAUGAUUGAUAACUAAACAUAUAAAAUUAUAUUCCUAGUGUAAGUUUUAUGAUUCUAAAUCCUUCCUAUUUGAUUAUACAAUAUACCGAACUAUAAGUAAUCAUUAGAGAUAAUAUGUAUAAUGCACUGUUGAAUUUCAAUGUAAUCAUGUCAUACUGUAGUAAUUGCAAUUAAAA